UUUUAGCAACCUUGACAUGAAAAGAGUAUACAACAAAUCUCAAAUCCAUAUUACUUUUCUAACUCUAAUUAGAUUGACAUUUAUGCAUAUUUAUAUGAUAUAAAAUACACACAAAUAGCCAUUGUAUGAACUCAUAUAUCUUUUAAAACUAUAUUGACACACGAAAAGUUCUUCUGCAAGAACGGCGGUGGAACAUUUUAUCCGGAGAAAAGCUAAAAUCACCGGUGGACGUCAACCACGUUUCUGUUGAAUGAACCGGUAGAAUAUAGUUGAUAAAAGAUACUUAAUAGGUCAAGAUGAGCAGUCAGAUGACUGGUUCUCAAGUGAGACAACUCUUUGUAGACUUCUUCAAAGAAAAGGAACAUAUUUAUGUACAUUCCUCCUCAGUUAUUCCUCAUGAUGAUCCAACACUUUUAUUUGCCAAUGCUGGUAUGAAUCAGUUCAAACCCAUAUUUUUGGGAAUAGUAGACCCCAACAGUGACAUGGCCAAGUACAAAAGAGUGGCAAAUUCCCAGAAAUGUAUACGUGCUGGAGGUAAACACAAUGAUUUAGAUGAUGUCGGCAAAGAUGUUUACCAUCACACAUUCUUUGAAAUGUUGGGCAACUGGUCAUUUGGUGAUUAUUACAAGAAAGAUUGUUGUGCAUGGGCUUGGGAACUGUUGGUAGAUAGAGUUGGAAUGGACAAAGACAGAUUGUAUGUUACCUAUUUCGGGGGUAAUAAAGAUUUUGGAUUAGAACCUGACAAUGAAACCAAAGACAUCUGGAUAAAUCUUGGUGUUGCACCUGAAAGAGUAUUGCCAUUUGGUAUGAAAGAUAACUUUUGGGAAAUGGGAGAGACCGGACCCUGUGGUCCAUGUACAGAGAUUCAUUACGAUAGAAUCGGAGGUCGGGAUGCCAAACAUCUUGUCAACAUUGAUGAUCCAGAUGUAUUAGAGAUUUGGAAUCUUGUGUUUAUGCAAUAUAAUAGAGAUACAGAUGGCUUGACAAUUCUGCCAAGACAGCACUGCGAUUGUGGCAUGGGAUUAGAAAGACUAGUUUCAGUGGUUCAAAAUAAGAGUUCCAAUUAUGACACAGACCUGUUUGUACCUUUCUUUGAUGCCAUACAAAAGGCAACAGGAGCUGCAGCAUACCAAGGCCGUGUAGGUAAAGCUGAUACAGAUGGUAUAGACAUGGCCUAUCGUGUACUAGCUGACCAUGCUCGAACAUUAACUAUUGCUUUGUCAGACAAUGGGCGUCCUGAUAAUAUAGGUAGAGGAUAUGUACUAAGAAGAAUUCUAAGACGUGCUGUCAGAUAUGCCACAGAGAAGUUAGGAGCUAAACCUGGAGUGUUUGCUUCCUUGGUUGAUGUUGUUAUUCAGACACUUGGAGAUGGUUUCCCUGAAGUUACCAAAGAUCCAGAGGGGAUCAAAGAAAUAAUAAAUGAAGAAGAAGAACAGUUUUUGAAGACAUUAACCAGAGGCAGACGGCUACUAGAAAGAACUAUUGGAAAAUUGGGAGAUACUAAAACAUUACCAGGUGAUAUAGCAUGGAGGUUGUAUGAUACUUACGGAUUCCCUGUGGAUCUCACAGAGUUGAUGGCGGAAGAGAAAGGUCUUACUGUAGAUAUGAAAAGUUAUGAAGAAUCAAAGAUUCAGUCUCAGAUAUUGUCUCAAGGAACGGGAUCAACUAUAGAUGAUAGGAUCAUGUUGGAUGUACAUGCUAUCAGUGACUUACAGAACAGAGGAGUUCCACCAACAGACGAUUCACCUAAACAUAGUUAUACUGCCGAUGAUGAGGGAAACUAUAAUUUUGAACCUACCACAGGAAAGAUUAUAGCCCUUAGGUAUGAUAAACAGUUUGUAGAAGAAGUAACAACUCCUCAGGAAUGUGGUAUACUGUUAGAUAAGACCUGUUUUUAUGCUGAACAAGGAGGACAGAUUUAUGAUGAAGGAUUUAUUGUAAAGGAAAAUGAUGAGGAAAUAGAAUUUAAAGUGAAGAACGUACAAGUACGAGGAGGUUAUGUAUUACAUGUAGGACACAUAGAAGGCACAUUACGAGUGGGAGAUGUUGUACAAUUAACUAUAGACAAUACUAGAAGAAGUUCUGUGAUGAAGAAUCACACAGGUACCCACAUGUUAAACUAUGGUCUUCGGGAAGUUUUAAAGGAGGCUGACCAAAGAGGAUCCUUAGUAGCUCCUGACAGACUCAGAUUUGAUUUUACUGCAAAAGGUGCUAUGUCUGUAAAAGAUGUUAAAGCUGUUGAAGAUAUUGUUAACAAUGUGGCUUCAAAAAAUGAGGCAGUAUUUGCUAGAGAGACUCCAUUAUCUGAUGCCAAAUCUAUACAGGGAUUGAGAGCUGUCUUUGAUGAGGUGUAUCCAGAUCCAGUCAGAGUUCUAUCUAUAGGUAUAUCAGUUGAAGACUUAGUUAAAGAUCCAAUGGGACCAGGGGCUUCUCUCACAAGUGUAGAAUUCUGUGGAGGAACGCAUUUACGAAGAGCUGGACAUAUAGGUAAACUAGUCAUUGUGUCAGAAGAGGCUAUAUCCAAGGGAAUCAGAAGAAUUAUAGCUGUUACUGGUACUGAAGCACAAAAGGCUUGGCAUAAGGUUGGUGUCCUGGAAAAGAGUAUUAAUGAGUUGAAGAAGGAGAUAGACAACAGAUUACAGAGUAAAGAUGUGUCUGUUAAGGCUUUAACAAAACUUAUAGUACAGGUGGAUGAUGAAAUUUCACAGUCAGUGAUCCCUUAUUGGAAGAAAGAUAGCUUGAGAGGUGAACUGAAACCUCUAAGGAAGAAAAUGGAUGAUUUGGACAAAGCCAGAAAAGCUGCUGUUAUGGAGGAGGUGGUGCAGGAAACAAAGAAGAUGAUAGAGGCCAGUCCAAAUGAGAAAUUUGUUGUUCAUGAGUUCAAGGCUGGAUCAAUAGCUAAAGCUUUAGAUGGUGCAAUGAAACAGUACAAAGCCCUGAGUCCAGAGACUGCAGCAAUGUUUUUCUCAGUUGACAGAGAGGCCAGUAAAAUAAUAUGUAUGAGCUUAGCUCCAAAGUCAUCAAUAGCUGCAGGACUGAGUGCUAAAGCCUGGGUGACAGAGAUUGCACCACUGAUCAGUGGUAAAGGUGGUGGCAGUGACGCUUCAGCACAAGCCACAGGUUCAAGUUGUGAUGCUCUUCAGGAGGCUUUACAAACUGCCAAAAAAUUUGCUCAGAUGAAGUUGUCAUGACAACAGGGAACUAUUUAAUAAAACAUAAUUUAUUUUUUGAUAUUUUUCUUUGAAAUCAUGUGCUACCAACAGACAUUUAAUAAUAUGUAAUUUUUAUUUCUGUAAAUGAAAUGCAAAAAGAGAAAGUAACCUCGUCAUUUACUACACAUUGAAUGUAUGUCUUACUUUAAUCUUGCUUUAUGGGUUGGAAAUGCAAUAUUUUAUUUUUUUAUGCAAAUUAUAUGGUUAUUGAUAUAUACCAAGUUCUAUGAGGAUGUCUAAAAUUUUAUGAUAUUAUUCUUUAAAAAAGUAUUCAAAACAGUUUCAACUAGAUCUAUUGACCUGGGGGUGAAAAAAUAUUCAUAUGGGUAUCUUUUCAACUUAUUACAUAUAUGUAAGUGCAUAUGCCAAAAGUGCCAUAUUGUUUAAAUUUGUUAGUCACUUGAUAUUUAAAAGUUAGAAAAUAUACAAGUUGGUAAAUUGGUGCAGGUUUUAAAAGUGACAAGAUACAUAUAUUGGCCAUUUUGUGCUUAUUAUAAAAUAUUUUAUAGAUAUAAAAGUUGGUCAGUUUGUGCAUACUUGUAUAAAGAAAAUGGUAAUGAUAAUGCUGUCAUUUAAAUGGCUUAAAAAUUUGAUUUUUCAGAAGAAAAAGUGUGAUAUUAUUUAAGCUGAACAAUAACAUGUAGAUAACUUCAUUUUCAAUGUUGACCUGGAUAUAGCACAAGACUCCUAUUUCAAAUUAUCAGCUCUUUCUAAACUAGAUUAUAAAAGUAACAGUUUAAGUCCAUGAUUUUUUAAGAACUGGUACACUGAGAGUACCAGUAAUGCAAAUGUUUUAUAACUGCCAGACCUUUCAUCAGAAGUAGGUUGGUAUUUGAGGUCCAUCAUCAUAUUUUAUUUAAUCUCAAGUUUGCAAUGUAUUGUAUUGGAAAAACUAAAGUGUUAAAUUUUUAUUUGUUAGAUUGGGAUUACAUGGUACUGUCUAUACUUUCAGUAAAAUAUUUGUUGAUCUUAGGAGUUAGUUGGUGAAAAUAACUUAAUAAAGAGUGUUGAUAAACAGUAGAUGCAUCCUUUGACAGAAACAUUGUUCACUUUUGUAUUUGUCUUGUAUUAUGUUUACACAAGUAGAGAAUACACUGAUAAAACAUCUUUAUUAUCACAUAUAUGCAGCUUCACCUAGCAAUUGUUCACAUGGCAUUAUCUCUAGUACCUUUAAACAGAUCUGUUAUUGACAACUUAAAUAUGAAAUAAAACAUUAAAUGCAA